CCGGAGGACCAGAAAUGCCCCCGCGUCCCCUGGAGGGACCCCUGGAGGUGGCCCGGAGCCUGGACGCCUGGUACCUGGGUCUCAGGGGGGACCCUCCUCCCAAGGGAGUUCCCUGAUUCCUGAGGGCCAGCAGUUCCGGCCUUGAGGUGGGGCUCCCCGGAGCCCUGCCUCUCACAUCCCUCCCCCACCCAGCAGACUCUCUCAUUCACCGGAGGCCUGGCCACGGCUCCGAGCUCGCAGCCCUUGCGUGUGCUAGGUAGAGAGGAGGCCUGGAGGCCAGGCCGGCCGCAGGAAGUUCAGGCAGCAGCCCCAGGCUGACGUGGAUCCCUCCACCUGGCAGAGUCGGGGCUCCCGAGCGGGAGAGGCAGGGUGGACCCAGCACAAACGGCCUGGCAGGCCAGCAAGAAGGGGAGAUGGGGCGCCCCCCAGACGCCCACAGCACCCUGGCCCCGGCGGGCACCACAACUGUACCCGGGCUCAUUCCGGACCUCAUCGCCAGGCUCCCCUGGCCUAGCUGGGCGCUCACGGCCGUCGCUGUGGCUGCCGGCGUCCUCGCUGUGUCCUGCCUCCUCUGUGUCGCCUGUUGCUGCUGCUGCUAUCUCCGCAGCCAGGGCUGCAGGAAGAAGCCCAGGGGCCAGGAGGCUGUGGGCCUGGGCGGCCCUCAGGGCACCACCAGCAUCCACCUGGUGCAGCCGGACGUGGAGAGCUCGGAGUCUGCCCCCGGGGGCCCCCGGCACUGGGGACGCCUGCUGCUCUCCCUGGGGUAUGACCUUGGAAGCCAGGAGAUCCAGGUGGGCCUCAAGCAGGCCGCAGACCUGAGGGCCGGGGGCCCGGGCGGCACGGCAGACCCCUACGCCCGCGUCAGCCUCUCCACGGGGGCGGGGCACACGCACGAGACCAGGGUGCACCGUGGCACGCUGUGCCCCACGUUCCACGAGACCUGCCGCUUCCACGUGCCGCAGCGCGAGCUGGCUCGGACCGCCCUGCGGGUGCAGGUGCUAAGCUUCAGGCGGUUCUCCGCCCACGAGCCGCUGGCUGAGCUCAGCCUGCCGCUGGGCACCGUGGACCCGCAGCACGUCCUAGAGCAGUGGUACCAGCUGGGCCCGCCGGGCACCGCCGAGCCCGAGCCCUCGGGUGAGCUGUGCCUCUCGCUCCGGUACGCGCCCGGCUCGGGCCGGCUGACCGUCGUCGUGCUGGAGGCCCGAGGCCUGAGCCCGGCCCUGGCAGACCCCUACGUGAAGGUCCAGCUCAUGCUGAACCAGAGGAAGUGGAAGAAGAGAAAGACCUCGGCUCGGAAGGGCACGGCCGCCCCCUACUUCAACGAGGCCUUCACCUUCCUCGUGCCUUUCAGCCAGGUCCAGAGCGUGGAUCUGGUGCUGGCCGUCUGGGCCCGGGGCCCGCACUUCCGGGCCGAGCCCGUGGGCAAGGCGCUGCUGGGCGCGCGGGCCUCGGGUCAGGCCCUGCAGCACUGGGCCGACAUGCUGGCCCACGCCCGGCGGCCUGUUGCCCAGUGGCACCGCCUGCGGCCCGCCGGGGAGGUGGACGGAGCCCUGGCCCUGAAGCCCCGCCUGCACCUGCCCUUGCCUGGCUCCUGAAAGCGCCCUCGGGCCUCGGCCUCCCAGGCUGCGGUGUGGGCGCCUGUCCAGGCCGCCCCGCGGGACCGCUAAUAAACGCCUCCUCCCGUUA